ACAAAUUCUGAAAAUCUAGCUACGGUUUAAAACUAAGAUUGUGGAAGAAAAAUGAAUCAUAAAAAAUAGUAUAUGUGACUUUGUUUUGAACAGACAUGAUUCGGUCAAUUCUCUUGCUCUGCUUGUUUGGCGCAUGCGCAGCCCACCAGCUCCACAUCACAAACCGCUGCUCACAUACUGUAUGGGUAGGGAUACUCGGAAAUUCAAUUCCAGACGGAGGUGGAUAUGAGCUCAGAGCGGGCGCCUCUCGCACUACCAAUGUACCAAACAACUGGUCUGGGCGCGUCUGGGGGAGAACCGGUUGCCAUGGUAGCAGGUGCGAGACUGGCGAUUGCGGUGGUGGAAGAAUUCAGUGUAAUGGUGCUGGUGGCGAACCGCCAGUAACACUCGCUGAAAUUACAUUCGGUUACCGGGAUUUUUAUGACGUCAGCCUUGUUGAUGGAUACAAUCUACAAAUGUCAAUGAGACCACGUAGUGGCUAUAAGUCUGGAAGCGGCCAUAACUACUGUUCUAGAGCCGGCUGCAAUACUGAUUUAAACCGAAAUUGUCCGAGUGAACUUGCUAUUCAUGGCACAGGUGGUGUCGUGGCUUGCAAGAGCGCUUGUCUGGCGUUUAAUCUUGAUGAGUAUUGUUGCAGAGGAGAACAUCGUUUACCGCAGACAUGUCCACCAUUUCAUUAUUCUCAGAUUUUCAAAGCGGCUUGUCCGGAAGCCUACAGCUACGCCUAUGAUGACCAAGCUAGCACCUUCACUUGCAGUGGCACCUCCUCUGAUUCCACAUCAUAUGAUAUUGUCUUUUGUGGUUAGAGAAAUGUAUACAUUUCAUUGAAUCUCACCUCGCAUUAGAAAAAAAUAAAUCAAGCUUUCUCUUCAAGUUCAGUUUUUAUCCAGGUUUGAAGAACAUGACCCUCCAAAGGUAUUUCAUAUUGAAAGAAGAAGGAAAACACGGAUAUUUAACACUUUUCAGUGUAUUUUAGUUUCAUUGAUAUCCGUAAAAGUCUGCAUAAUUGAUAAUUUUACUAGUAUGCACGUUAGCUUUCUAAUAUCAGCUUAAAAUGUAUA